AUGCAGCUGUUGGUGUUCUACUGUGUGGCGCUGCUGGCCCCCCUGGCGGUUGGAGCGCCGCCCUCAGACCGCAACCACGUGCCGCCCAUCGCGUGUGAAGACAUGGCGCCCAUCCACGGGGACAACCAGCCCAGCGAGGAGCCGGCGCCCUACACCAUUUCCGUGUCCACCACAGCCGUGACCGCGGGACAGACCGUCACAGUGCACUUCUCGGGCAACACGACGUUCCGGGGCGUGUACGUGCAGGCCCGCCAAGGGGACCAGCCGGUGGGGCAGUUCCUCGCCAGCGACGUGGCCGGCGUCGCUCUGGACGACUGCGCGCCAGGGACAAGCAACGCCUUGGAAUACGUUUCGAGUGAAGACACUGAGGAACUGGAUGUCGAGUGGGUGGCGCCAGACAUUAACGACGUCAUCGUUUUCAGGGCGUCUUUCGUUAAGACCUUCCCCGAGUUCUGGGUCGGCGUCGAGUCCGAAAGUGUCACGGUCGGGGUAGUUUAG